UCCUCUUCCAUUUUAUUACAACACCAUUUCUUCUUCUUGUGCAGGUAGCGAGCUUCCCAUUCCAGAAAUCUAUGAGCUUGUUGGUGGUCAUGCCUUUGUCCGGUCAGGUGAACGUGUCUUCACUUUCCGCAAAGCUGAAUAUCUCGGACUUGUACCGUCGUCUGCCCAAGGAGAGAGCUGUUCAAGUUAAAGUCCCCAAAUUCAAACUGGAGUAUGGUCAAGAGCUACAGGAUGUUUUUACCAAAUUGGGCCUCGGAGGGAUGUUUUCCAGACCCAACUUGGCUGAGAUAGCUGACGGCCCCCUGCUGGUCUCCAGUGUGAUGCAUAAGUCCACCAUGGAGAUAAAUGAGGAGGGUGCAGAGGCUGCCGCAGCCACCACUGUGGUCAUCUCACGGGCAUCCAACCCUGUUUUCCACCUCAGCCAGCCUUUCUUCUUUGCCCUUAUGGAUGAUAAGACUCAAGUGCCGAUUUUCAUGGGUGUCAUUAACAACCCAAAUCCUGGAGCUCCCAUCUUACAGAGAGGAGAUUUUGGUAGCAAAGAUAAGGUGGGAUUCCCAAUUGAUAAGAAUCAGCUUGGCACAUUCGGAGGCCCACCUAAGUAGGGACUAAUAACUGCGCUGCUGUCCCAGGGAAAACCCAGACCAAGAUCUCUCUGAUUGUACAGAUUAGAUUCACCAUCUCACUUAACUGGAUCAAAAGUGUGUGUGAAAACAUAUGCUUUAUAGGU